ACUGCAGCACCGACGGUACAGUUCCGGUUUUACCUCGCAGCGGGUCUGGAGCUUCAACGACGGCGGGAAGUUGUUAUCAUCAAUUACCACUCGAAUCAACAGCGACUGGACGGACGGACGAAAUCGCUAAAGAUCGACUACUCGUCAUCUAACAUCGAUGGCUCUUUAGACGGAAACACGCCAACUGCAGAGCGAGCGUAGCGGCGCGCGGUCCAGCUAACAUGGCUAACGUCGGAAACCAGCCGCCACAACAGGCCGUAAACAAGUCUGCGCCAGGGAAACAUGGAAAUGUACUGCCUCUGUGGGGCAACGAAAAGACCAUGAACCUCAACCCGAUGAUUCUCACCAACGUGCUGUCCUCGCCAUAUUUUAAAGUUCAGCUCUAUGAACUAAAGACAUACCACGAAGUUGUGGACGAAAUCUACUUCAAGGUGACUCAUGCGGAGCCUUGGGAAAAGGGAAGCAGAAAGACUGCAGGUCAGACUGGAAUGUGCGGAGGGGUGCGUGGAGUCGGAACUGGUGGUAUCGUGUCCACUGCUUUCUGUCUCCUAUACAAACUGUUCACCCUCAAGAUGACUCGCAAGCAGGUCAUGGGUCUGAUCACUCACACAGACUCGCCAUACAUCCGAGCACUUGGCUUCAUGUACAUAAGAUACACUCAGCCCCCGGCAGAUUUGGUCGACUGGUACGAUAGCUUCCUGGAUGAUGAGGAGGAGCUUGACGUGAAGGCAGGAGGUGGCUGUGUGAUGACCGUCGGAGAGAUGCUGCGCUCCUUCCUCACCAAACUUGAGUGGUUCUCCACGCUCUUCCCCCGUAUCCCAGUGCCUGUGCAGAAAAUGAUUGACCAGCAGAUGAAGGCGAGACCUCGCAAGAUUGCUCCGAAGGAGACACCGGAGGAAGAUGCCACGUUCACAGGGGAGGCAGGGAGGCAAGGAGAAAAACGGCACUCCAGAACGCCGAGACGGUCCCCGAGCCCCAGAAGGUCGCCCAAACGAUCACCUAAACGCUCACCCAAGCGGUCUCCUAAAAGGUCUCCUAAACGGUCACCCAAACGGUCAAGGAGCAGUAGCCACCAUCGCGAGAAGGAGCGUCAUGGCCCCAGCUUCGACCGAGAGCUUGACAGAGAGCGUGACCGGCAAAAAAAAGAGAGGGAGGGUAAGGAUAGGGACAGACCGAGACGGCGGUCACGCAGUGUAGACCGGAACCAAGAACGACGAGAACGCAGAAGAAGUCGCAGCGGCAGUCGGGACCGAAGAAGCGAACGCAAGGACAAAGAAAGAGAUGGUGUAGAUGACAGGAGUAAGAAGAAGGAAAGGGAGAACCAUAAAGAUAGAGGUACUGAGAGUGAGAAGUCGAGGGAUAAGAAGAGCAGGGGAGAGAAUGACGACAGGAGGCACAAAGAGGACAGGGAGAGACGCAGAGAGGAAAGGAAAGCCAAAAAGUCGAGUCGGAGUCGAAGCAGGGAAAAGAAGCACAAAAGUGGCGAGGAGAAGAACCGGAAACGAGAGCGCAGCCACAGCAGAGAGAAGGACAGGGACAAAGAUGGGGAACAGCGAUCCCACAAACGUAGUCGUAGCAAAGAGAAGAGUCAUCAUCAGCGCGAGUCCAAUAAUGACCAUUGUAAACACAGUGAACGCAGAAGGAGUCAGAGCACUGAGUAAAUGUCGCCCCGCAGCAUUAUUACUUCUUUUACUCCCCGUGUUUUUCUCCCUUUUUCUACCCAGUUGUCUGAUCUGUCUCUUGUGUCGAAGACUGGGAAUGUUAGCACGCUGGACAUCUGGUUAUGUUAUCUUUGGCCAGUGCAAUGAUGCUUUACCCUUUUGUUGUUCUGCCUUUUUCACUCCCGAUUCAGACAGUUGUUAGUCUUCACUUGAAAUUUGGAAAGAGGGAAAAAUGGCAUUUUAAUUUUCUAUGGAUCUUUCUUUUGCCCCCGGAUGUGAUGGGUUUGUAAAUAAUGUUUUGAAAGCUGUUUUCACACGAUAAGUGGUCGGAUUUACAUUCACCACUGUUGUUGGCGUGGUUCGUGCCGAGAGCUCAGCUCAACACUGUCGCCAUUUCAUUAAUAAUGAUGAUAAACUGUUCAGGCUGUGCAGAAGCCUUUUUUAUAUUUGACACACACUACAGAGAAUAUGACUGAAAUUACCCUUAUUCGUAAACUCGUAUGUCAGCUGUAUUCUGAUGAAACUCUCUGGACAGUCCAAAGUAAACGGUUAAAUAUCCUGUGUCGUGGCAAUGAGUCCUAAAAGCGAAUUGACAGUGCAAGGUAACUCCAUCAUUGAUCGUGUGUUGACAGCCCGAAAAUAUUUGAAUCCUCCAAAGGGCAGUAUGCAAAGGGUAAUGUUUUUUUACCACACACAAUUCAGCCCUGCUUAUGCUGUGAUUGAAUUAUUGCUCUGUUGCAUUUUGUUUUCUAAUAAACACUUUUACGAACAA